UUUGAAGCGAUUGAAGAGAGCCCAGUCCACAACGAACGGUUUGAGGGAACAGUAAUGCUUUCCAAUUCGACGGCAAACAAUGAAAGUGUCACAGAUCUUAAAGCAUCAGACGAGGAAAGGUCUCAGAGCAACCUGAUGAUGAUCAUUGCCACCUUAACCUGGAUGCUACUCAGCAUCAUAACUCUCUUCAUUUACUGCUGCAACUAUUGGCAGGUGCUAAGGUCGAGGCCGCGUCGCCACCAGAGAGAGUCGGAUUCUGAGCUCCAGCAAAGCACUCUGCUCUCAUUGGAUAAUUAAGAGUGCCUAAUGAGCAACCAUACGCGAUGCUUAUAAGAGCCCCAUGUGAUGGAUGGUGGAUGACUACGAGAGCCCCAGGGGUGAAGCCACAACAAAGGGACCGAUUCAGAGAUACUUAGUGAAGUGCAACAGCUGGCAAUGAUCAUCUGUGGGCUCCGGCUACUGCUGCGGCUCCGCCAUGACCCCGGCCAUAUGGUCGUGUGCAGCAGCUUCCAUUUCCAUUUUCCAUUUCCGUUUCCGUUAAGUUAAUUCCACACGACAGCAACCAAACAGAUACGAAAAAAUAAAUGAAAAAAACCCAAACGAAAAAAAAUAAAAUGUAAAAUUCC